AAAAGCCACAGUACAUCUUUUCUCUUCAGCCAGAAGCUACGACCUCACGAGAAAGUAGAAAAGACUCCUUAACCCUGACCAUGCAUCACCUGGACUUCCGGCCACAUACUCUCCACAGAACCCUGCUCAUGACUCUACUCCUGGGACUUACAGGAACAGCUGCAAAAGAGCUGAAGGUGAUUCAGCCUGAGAAAUCAGUUUCUGUCAUCACUGGAGAGUCGACCAUUUUAAACUGCACUGUGACCUCCCUGCUUCCUGUGGGGCCCAUAAAGUGGAUCAGAAAAAUGGGACAAUGUCGGCAGUUAAUAUAUAGUUUCACAGGAGAGCACUUCCCCAGAGUUAGAAAUGUUUCAGAUGCUACAAAAAGAAGCAACCUGGACUUUUCCAUCCACAUCAGUAAUGUUACACUUGCUGACUACGGUACUUACUACUGUGUGAAGUUCUUGAGAACAUACUCUGAAGAGGAGGAGUUUCAGUAUGGGGGAGGCACUCAGUUGUAUGUCUGUGAACAGAAGACAACAGAUACUGCUAAAAUCAUAGUAGCUUCACUCCUUGGACCCAAACUUCUUCUGGUUAUUGUCUCUGUCAUGUACAGGCACAAGAAGCAGAAGGCCUGAAUGGGCUCUCGAGAAGCUGUGGAAGACUGCCCCCAAAGACUCCUUAAAAAAAUAACCCCAAAAGAGAUUUUCUUGUUUUUUUUCCCUACAUAUGUGUUGUUAUCCCAGAGCUCUAAUGCUAUGCAUAGUUGUAUUCUUGUGGAUUUUAUUGUAAUUAUUUUAAAAAUAAA